AUGGGUUCUAUGCGUGCAGUUGCAGUAGCAGUGUUAUGUGCAAUAUUAGUGAUGCAUGGAGGGUUUUCAGUGUCAUAUGCAGAGCUGAGUGCUACUUACUACAGCCAAACAUGUCCUCGGCUGUAUUAUAUCGUGUAUGGAAUCAUCUAUGACGCUUCCCUCACCGAUUCACGCAUUGGUGCCAGCCUCAUCAGGCUUCAUUUUCACGAUUGCUUUGUUCAAGGUUGUGAUGCAUCAAUUUUGCUGAACAACACUGACACAAUAGAAAGCGAACAAGAUGCAGCUCCGAAUAUCAACUCAACACGAGGGUUGGACGUAGUCAAUAACAUCAAGACAGCGGUGGAACUUGUUUGUCCAGAGACAGUUUCUUGUGCUGACAUUCUUGCCAUUGCAGCUGAAAUAGGUUCUGUUCUUGGAGGAGGUCCAUCAUGGUCAGUUCUAUUAGGAAGAAGGGAUAGCCUAACAGCAAACAAAACCCUUGCUAAUCUAAACCUUCCACCAUCUUCCUCCACACUGGAUGAACUUAAAGAAUCCUUUACUGCUCAAGGGCUCAACACCACUGAUUUAGUUGCACUCUCAGGUGCACAUACGUUUGGACAAGCUCGCUGCAGCACAUUUAUAGACAGAUUAUACAGUUUCAACGACACUGGAAGUUCUGAUCCAACUCUGAACACAACUUACUUAGCAACAUUGAGUGAGAUAUGUGCCCUGGAUGCCACUGAUGAUAGCCUCACCGAUUUGGAUCUCACCACACCUAAUCAAUUCGAUAACAAAUACUACUCCAAUCUUCAAUACCUCAAUGGCCUACUUCAGAGCGACCAAGAACUGUUCUCCACUUCUGAUGCUGAUACCAUCGACCUUGUGAAUAGCUUCAGCAGUGACCAAAGUGUUUUCUUUGCCAACUUUGUAGUGUCAAUGAUCAAAAUGGGAAAUAUUUCAGUGCUGACAGGGGAUGAAGGAGAAAUUCGGUUGCAAUGUAAUUAUGUGAAUGAAGACUCUUCUGGAUUAGCUGGUGUGGCAUCCAAAGAUCCAAAAGAGAUGCUUGAAGCUCAACCCAAAUAA